UCAAGACUGAGAGUAAGAGUCGGAGCAUCAGUGCUGGUUUCGCUGCAGUGGAGUGAGGGGAGGGGAGCGGACGAGAUUGGUCAGCAGUUUGAAUGACUCAGCGCUUCACCCUCCACACACCCCCCACCCCCACUGCUGCAGUAUAAAGGCUGCAGUCCGUCCUCAGCCUCCACCCUCUGGACAACUUCUGCCUGGACUCACACCGAGUGAAAAGGUGAAACGAAAACGUUGACAAUGACGGACCUGGAGACCUCGAUGGGCACCAUCAUCGCCGUGUUUCAGAAGUACUCAGAAAGAGAAGGAGACAAACACAAGCUGAAGAAGAGCGAGCUGAAGGACCUGCUUCAGGACGAGCUGCCGGAACUGAUGGAGCACGUGAAAGACCAGGAGGCGCUCGAUAAAUUAAUGGAGGGCCUGGACACGGACGGCGACUCCGAGUGCGACUUCCAGGAGUUCAUGACGUUCAUCGCCAUGGUUACCGUCUUUUGCCACGAGUUCUUCCAGCAAGAGGACGAGUGAAGGAGGAGGAGGAGGAGGAGGAGGAGGCGACCGCGGAGACAAAAGAGGGGAGCUACAGUAAAUUAUAAAAGAAGGGGGAAAAGCCUGUAGGUGCCCUGAGAGCAGCGCAGGGUGGGGGGGUGGGGGGGGGGGGAGAACACACCUUCCAGCCAGCAGCCAAAACAUUAUCGGUGCCGGUUGGCAAUAAAAAUCUACCUUGUUAUCUUUCAGUCUAAAUGCAUAGAUGGCUUGUAAAGUCUUCAAAACGGCUUCAGGCUCUGAAAGUGUGUCACAAAACUAGCCACUGAUUUCUAAAAGUAGUUUCUUUCACAAACAUUUUUGGCACGACAGACGCCAGUUGGCUGCAGAAAUUGCAACAGGGCCUCCAAAACCAUACGACCAUAUCCAUCGUUUUAUUCCUACCCUCUAAUACAGCGGCGUCAAACUCAGUUUCACGUGGGGCCACGCUGGAAAAUAACAAUCCCAUCAAGGGCCAGCAUGCAAUUUAUUUCAUCUCAAAAGUCAAGUCUUUUACUGUAUUAUAUCAUGUCUCGUAUAGUCUUCUCACUUACAGUUUGGUCGACAUAAAACCCCAAAAAAGUAACAACGUUGGAAAAAGUAGCAA